AUGAUCAGGGCGUGGCAAAACACCAACAGUUGGUUGGACAUUUGGCACUUCAUGAGGAGGACUGCAGUGGGCUGCACCACCGACUCUCAUCCACUUUAUGCCGGCUUCAUGAACAAACUGAGCCACUGCAUUUUCAUGUGGGAUGACCGUGACUCUAAAGCUCUAAAGGAAGCCAAUCGAGCUGAACUGGAGGCCAAGUUGUUGCACCCCACAGAUGCUGAUCUGCUGCGAAACAUCAGCAGGGCUGAGAUGGCACGUCACUGCAAAAGGACAACCAGAAGCAGCUCGGAGAUGGAGACCUUGAUUUCGAAUCUGAUUGAGGCCUACAGCGGGCACAGAGGAUGCAACUCAUUGGGAGUUCCACUCAUCAACCUGGAAAGAAUGGCAGAGAUGUGGAAGGCUCAGAAGAAGCACCUCAGCUGUCUCCAGGACCCACCAGGAGUACUCCUGUACAUGGAAACUGGCACCAUAAAGGAAGGGGGGCACGUUCUGAAAACACGAUGUGCGAGAGGCUCCACUUCCCUCGAGUGCUUCCACCUGCACAUGAACACGUUUAUUCCUGGAACACUGGCAAGUGACAUCUUUAUUCAGGCGUAUCUGUUGGAUGGCCUGGCCAGGUGGAACGAAGACCGGAGCAUGUCAGCAGAAGGAAGAUCAGAGCCUCACUCCUACAGCGGCCUCCUGAGGCAUGCUGCAACCCAGCUGUCACAGGAAGUCCUCGGGAAGAGCUGUGUGAAUUACACAGGGCCACAGGCGUACACAGGGGAACUCAUUGGGGUCGAGGAUCUCUACGACCAAACAGGAGAUGUUCUUGAGGACCGCAGAGCGGCAACUGCAGCAUUGGAGACAGAAGACGUAGCUGUGGCAGAAGAUGAGGGCUUUGAAGAGUCUGAGGAUUUUGUGGAUCUCACAGUUCCCAUCUUGGAAACCACGCUCCAGACUCCUCAACCUGCCUGUUCAGAUGACGUCUCAACCCUUCCUAGAGAUACCAUCUGUGGAAGUUAAACAUGCUCCUGUGGAUGCACUGGAAGAAAGCUGCCUGAUUUCCAAUCUGAUGACACGACUCCAGGGACAUCAAGGAGACGGGACUCCGUUGGCCCCGACAACACCGAAGACAAACUAUGACGAGUUUUACCGAACUAGCGAACGAGGAGAAGAGAAUAGCCAAACUGUUCCCAGUCUGCACUGUCCUGGAUCUUCUCACUGAAUCAGGGCAAGAGGGCAGCUUUUAACAGCUGAUACAUGAUUAUGAAUAAUCAUAAACACCUGUUCACCGGGAGACAGGCAAAGCAGAAGGCCGCUGACGCCAUCCUGUGGCCAAAAAGGGGCACUGCACGUAACAGUCAGGGACUUCUCUGCUGGAGAGAAAAUGAAGAAGAUGAGAAUCAGUAGAGAGAGAAGCAAGCCAACAACUUCAUGACUGCUGGGAUAUGACAAACUAUUUGUUAACUUCAGUGAUAAAAUCUGAGUGACUUUAAAAAUAGGACAGAAUAUUAGUUGGUUUGUAUUUCACAAAUAUCCCAGAAUCUGUAAUAUCGAUAAGAACAUUAUUCCUUGAAAUUAAAAUCAGCUAUUCUAUUUAUUUCUUAUGCAGGUAUUGCAGACGCACCCAGACACAGGAGAAAGACAUUCUUGAACAGGGCAUUCUGGCACCAAAGCCAGCCAUUUCCGGUGAUACCAGUCAGCACCACAGCACAAAGCCAUUCAACCUGCUCCAUCACACAAACCACACACCUUCGUCCUUCAUCCCGACACGGCUGGAACGGCAAACCUGAAAGUGAAAAAGUCAGAGCACAGUGCCCACCUCAGCCUCAGAACACAGGACAGUUGUCUGUGGAAAAUUUCCACCAGCAACCUCAUCUGGUCCCACUUAUUCUGUCCCUUCUUUUAUUCCAAUCCAGCCACUUCCUCAACCCAUCCUGCCACAGUUUAUCUGUGCUCCGACUCCCUCUGUGCCAGUGUACCCUGUUGUGGCUGGGCCAUCAGCACCUAAAAGCCAGACACCACAUGUACCCUACACCACACAGCAGUACAGGAAGAGGAAGGGGGAAAAAAGGAGCAGGCUGGACUACACACACGGAAAUAUGUAAAAAAAAAAAAAAAACAAAAAAAAAACCCAGAGACAUUAGUUAAAAGUGCCAAAAAGAAAGAAAGUCAUCCUGCCAUAAACAGUAUUUUGGGAACUGGUACUGUGAAGAGACUGCAAACCAGUCUUUUGAAGACUGGAGAGCUGAAAUGGCUGCACGUGGGGCUAUGGUAAAAAAAAAAACAACCUUAAAUGUAAAUGGCUUCAUUUUUUCCAUUUUUGAUGUUUGUGUGAUUACUGUUUGUUUUUUCUGUCUUUUAAAUAAACAAG